GAAGGGCACUUACAGCUCCUGUUCAGAUCCAUUUUCUCUUUCUUCAGUGCCAAUUGUACCUUUCAACAAAUACCAGUUGUCAACAGAAUUUGAUGUUUAAAUACUGCUGGUUGUUACAGACUCCCAGCCUGUGCUGACAUCAGAGGACACUGGGUUUCUGCUUUCAACAUGAAGUGUAUCUCUUUAAAAAUGCCCAGGUUUUUCUUGUGGUGUUUAUUACCUUGUUUGACUUUGAAGUUCUCGGAGAGAGGUUUCUGGGGCAACCAAGAGGAUGUUUGAUGUGGGCUCUUCAAGACCAAACACCAAAUGUGAAUGGAAGUAAUAAGAAAUAUUAUGAGAUCUGAAACCAGUUCUUCCCAAUUUUCUAAUUUUUUCAAUGUCUGGCUGAUUUGUCUAGGAAUUGACAAUUUCUGAUUGAAGUUGUUUUCUCCCUUCUUGGUGUAUUUAUAAAAUCUAGCCCGAUGUGUUCCUUCUGGAUCUAUUAAAUUGUGAGUACAUUUUGUAGCUGUAGCCUUUUACCUGGGGCAUGUUAGGUCUCUUCUCUACUCAUCACCAACCUUCUUGAAUUUUUUUUGGCAUUCAGUUAUCUUGGAAAUACCUAUGGCUCUGUAAAAUGUGGUUUACAUCAGUUGUUGGUAUCAGACAUUGUUGCAUGGACAGACCCAUAUAUAUGACAAGGUUGUCUUAAGCUUUAUUUCCAUAUAAAACAAAGCUUAAAAUUAGAGGUGCAGAUGGUGGGGGCCCUGAUUUCUGCACCCCCCCACCCCUGUCUUCCAUAAUGUAAUCAGCUGAACAGAGGUUUAGCAUAUCUCAAAGCAGUAUUUCCUUUUGAGAUGGGUGAGGCAAUUAAAUGUGAGCCAAAAAGAAAGCCUGGAGGGAGCUAAUGGACAUUGCUUCUUGUUGCCAUGAAAGAAUGGCAAGAUAAUUAUAUGAGAUAUGGAAAUGUCUCGUUGCAGUAGUAGGUGAUACAGGUCAUCUCGCAGAGUCUGCACGCUCCCAGUGAGCUCAUGCCAUGCUCCCAGGGGUUUGAAUUGCAAAGAGGCAGGUGACUCCAGCUGCUAGCGUGUUCCCAAUUGAUGCAGGAGUGUGCAAAUCUAUGCAGGUCUGUCAUCAGCUGCUCUCCUCUGAGUGGCUGCUGAAAAGUUGUGCACGCGCAUGUGAACUUUCUAGGCUUAACCUGCAUUAGAAAGCCUGUGUGCAUGUGUGUAAGCUUUCUGUAGAGCUCUAGAGCAUAUGUGUCAUGGGUGGUGAGACCAGAAAAGCAGAUGUCCUGAACAUGCCCCUCCUACUUGGGGAUUAAAGAUGCUCAGGGGAAGGCAAGAUAGAAGCUGAGAGACACGUCCCUGACUUGCUGCCGGAGACAGCAGCUUCUGCAGCUUCAAUGGGCCUCUGCUCUUCCGUCAAAUAGUAUCCUGCAGCUCCAUUUCCAGCAACCAUCCCCUUCUUUUGGUUAACCAGAGAGGAGGAGGAUGGCCUAUGCUGAGGAAGACAGAAAUAGCUAUGAGGUGUAUAAGGAAACAGCAGAUUGGUUACGUGCCCAUUCUGUCCAGCGCCCGAAGACUGCCAUCAUCUGUGGAUCAGGACUGGGAGGUCUGGCCGAUGCAUUGGACAACAAGACAGUCUUUCUGUAUGAGGACAUCCCUCACUUCCCACGGAGCACAGUUGCAGGGCAUGUUGGCAGAUUGGUGUUUGGAGAGCUGAACGGGCAGCCCUGCGUGUGUAUGCAGGGACGUUUCCACUAUUAUGAAGGACACACUACCAGCGCGGUCACCUUUCCCAUCAGGGUCUUCUUUCUCCUGGGGGUGGAGAUCUUGAUUGUCACAAAUGCUGCUGGGGGACUGAAUCCCCACUUCCAAGUGGGGGACAUCAUGUUCAUAAGAGAUCACAUCAGCAUGUUUGGCUUGGGAGGGCAUAAUCCACUGCGUGGGCCAAAUGAUGAGAGGUUUGGAGUGAGGUUUCCCUGCAUGUCAGAUGCUUAUGAACAAGAUCUGCUCGGCCUGGCAAUGGACAGUGCGCAGGAGCUGGGCUUUCUGAGCUUCAUCCGAGAAGGAGUGUACUGUUUGCUGGCUGGUCCCUGCUAUGAAACCAUUGCUGAGUGCCGCGUGCUGCAGGCGCUGGGAGCAGAUGCUGUAGGCAUGAGCACUGUCCCAGAAGUAAUCGUAGCCAGGCAUUGUGGCCUCCGAGUCCUUGGGAUCUCCCUCAUCACCAACAAAGUGGUGAUGAGCUACAACAGUCAAGAAAAAGCCAACCACGAGGAAGUCCUGCGCAUCUCGGUGGUCCGGGCUGAAGUCCUGCAGAAACUAGUCACACACCUCCUUGGCAAACUGCGGGAAAGCACAAACUCUGCAUGACCUCCAGCCAUUUAUCAUUCAUACAAUAACGAGUGAGCACUAGCAGGUGCUGGGGGAGAGCUGUUGUUGAGGCUGUCCCCUUCUGCUCUUCUGAUUUUGAAUAGACCUUUUGAUCUUUGUCCCGGUGCUUUAGCUGGUUACGUACAGAGGUUUGCUUUGAAUUUUGCUAGAACGAUCCCCUUGUUAGUAGCCAGUGACCAAAACAGCUUUCUGGCACUUAGGGUCUGACCUCUGGCAGAUUCCCAAACCCAUAUGUCAGCAAUGAGCCCCUUGGUACUCUGAGCUCCAGCUCCCCCUCAUUUUGCUGCAGUGUUCGGUGUUUCUCACCGGUGGUGCUGCCUCUCUCAGCACAGCACCCUCCAGCUCUGAGUCUCUGCUCCCCUACUGCACUGAGCCCCCAGGCCAUGGGCCAGGUGGAGAGCUGGUCGCAGGGCUCAGUGCCUGCUGGGCAUGUUUUGGUAGGGCCUCAUCUGAAGCCCAGUGGAAGUCCACAAAAAGCCUGAGUUUUGGGUGAGGACCUGGCUGUGUAAAAUGGGCUGGACUAAAGAUGAGACCUGUCUGGAACAAGCAAUGCUGCAGAACAGGUGAAUUGUGAUUGGCUUUACAGCUCGGAAAACCCCUGCAACCCCAUGCAUGGGGUUGUGUUCCCUUACCAUCCCAGGUGUCCCAGAAAGCCCUCUCUUUGCACACAGCCACAGAGCUCGGGAGCUGUUUGCUGUGAUGCGGCAUGCCCCCCGGCACCCCCUUGCACCUCCCUGCUCUGUUUUCAGCCUUGAAUCACUGUUGCUCUAUUUAAUAGCGGGUGAAAGAGCAGCUCAGAUGGCGUGACUUGUCCAUGCACAAGUGGCCAAGCUGGAAACAGGAUCCAGGUCCAGCUCUGCCUGAUUUUGUUCCUUCUGGUUCUCUGAUCUCAGAGAUCAGCAGCUUGAGCCACUUGCACUGGAGACCCAGUUACCUCUUGGUGUCCCAAGACAGAGAUAUCAGUUUGACUCGGUGUUUCAGCCCAGCUUUGCUCUGCUGCAGUCCCUGCAGCAGAUACUAGAGCACCAAUGGUUUGUGGAGUUUAGUGAUGUGAAAUUACAGUGGAAAUUAUUUUGGAACAAGUAUGGUAUUUUUGUGACUUUCCUGGUUCUCUUACAUGAAGAAGUAGAGCCUAGCAAUGAGUAAAGGGUAAAGGGGAGAGGCCAUCAUGCUCUCUUUCAUGAGCAUGCUGAUGGUCUGUCAAGGAGGGGUGAAUAUUCACCAGAAUGGUCUGUUAUUCAUUGUUUCCCAAAGGUCAAGCUGAGCAGAGAACGCAGCUGGAUGUGAAACAGUGACUGUAAUUAUUAGGUAACCUUUUUCCAUUCAUUUAUCUUCAAGUUCUUUUAAAGCACAUCACUGUCACAGCUAAAUGUUUUCGGUUGACAUGGUGGUCUGAACUGAAGACACCCAACUGGUGAUGGAGAGCUCCCAGUCUGCCUUCCUAAAUUUAGCUGAUCAGUUGUUUAUUCUUGAUGCUCGCCCUCCGUCGCAGCCUUCAGCCUUCCGUGGCAUUUCUUCAGCUCUGGGUGCAAAAUGACGUUGUGGCCUGGUGAGUGUUUUCUGGAUGGGUAUUUGCUUGAAGCCCUUCAUGCUGGAGUUGCUGGUCUCAACUGCUGUACUAAUGGUGCAGAUCUUGCCACCAGGAAGAACAGAGUUGUGCUGUGCAUGUUUUCCAUGAAACCGUAGCACUUCAAGUGUAGGAGUGACCACCCUGUCCCCUUCUCUUCUCCUGGGCACAUUUACUUGUGGUCAGUCCUGACAAAUAUUUACCCAGCCUGGUCUCAAGGACCUCCUGGAGGAGGAGGAUUUGUUGCCUGUGCUCUGGCAGAAUUGCUUGUUCAGCAGCUCCUGGCACUUGGGGGAGCCCUCAGAGAUCCCAGCUUUUUCCAUUUGGUGGGUCUGGCUGUCAAGACAGUCUCAGGGUGGUGAUACGCAGAGGGGAAGAUUCCAGCUCCUUUUCCCACAAGGCUGUUGCCUUUUCAGAUCUAGCCAGGGGUGAAGUGCUUGUCAACAGUGGCAGCAAAGCAGUGAAAUGUGAAAAGUGGCAGAUGUGCAGAACAAGAAGGAACCACUUCUACCUGCUCCCUUUUCAGGCUUCUCCCUGUAUGGGCUUGUUACAGGGCAGAGAGAAAAAGAAAAUGCCUAGAAAAUGGUGCUUUGCAUUUGUCUAAUUAAUGCUUGGUGUAUACAAAGUCUCUCAGCUGAGUGGAAGCCAGCUGUGCAGCUAGCUGUAGCUAGUGAGCAGCCAGAGCAGCUCAGGCUGGGAUUUCAGCAGACUCCAGUCACUAAUUGGGCUCAGGUUGGACUGCAACGUGAAGGGAGGCAUCCACAAAACCUGCUGGUGCGCUGGUACUUCUCAGGCCAGGCUCAGGGUGCUGAGGAGCCUGGCAGCAGCACCUGCUUCUGCUAGGCUGGGUCUGCUCCUCUCUCCAGCUGUGCCACGGGCAGAGGGUGAAACCUGUGCCAAGCACUUGUAUCUGAGUACAACUGAAAAACAACAUAAAACUGAAUCUGCAAGUCACCACGGAACUAAAUCUUUGGCUAAUUGUGUCUGUUCUUAAAGAAAUAUUUUUCUAAAUAGCAUUUGGACCCUUAAACAGUGGGGGGGCUCUUAUUCCUGCUGCCCAAGGUUGACUUGGAUGGCUCCAACUUGGCAUGAACAUCCUGAUUAUUGUCUCUGUAAAUGACAGGAGGGAAGAUGCCCUGGGCACUUUGGAAAGAAUCUUGCUCGGGCUUUGGGAGAGAGGGGGAAUACAAGAGCGAGUGGGUUUGUCUGGUUUUGGAAAUACUUUUAAUCCAGCUUCGGGGUUUUGUGUAAGGAAGGAACUGGGAGAAAAUAAAACCGGUUGUGGACAUCUGGGCACUUUGCACAGGUAUUUUGUGCUGACCCCACUAGGCUGAGCAACUCUCGGGGCAAGGCAGGGGGGAAACAAGAACAAAAGGGUCUCAGCUAACUUCUGCGCAGCUGAAAGGUGCGAUGGGCUGUGGUGGUGCCAGUGCAGCAGCCUGUGCUGGAGGCAGGACGUGGUUUCCUUGAUGCUUUUAUUUAGUGUUCUUGGUGCUUUCUGGGAGCAUCCAUGGCUGAAAUGAAUAGGCUGUAAGACAACCUCAGCUUGCUUUCAUUCCUGAACUGCGCCUCUUAUCUCUGUCUGAAACUGUGGUUGCAGGGAUAAUCUGGAAGACAAAUGAAAAGCUAAAAAAAUGGCAAGUGGAAAAAGAAUGCCAAAUUGCAUGACUGCUCCUGGCACACUCAGUGCCGUGGUUAGCAGUGAACUCAGCUGCCAUCCCCAUGGCAAGGGCACGCAGGGAGGACCUGUGCUAGUGUGGGACAGAGGUGGCACAGCUGCUUUUUCAUUCUCUCACAGCCAUGGGUUCACAAGCCAGUCUGGCCCAUCCUUUGCGCCAGCUCUUUUCCUUGCUCAUCAGCCCAGAGAAAACUCUUCAGACCAUGGGGUCCCACUGCUUCUAGUCCCCGGAGAAGAUGGAGGUGUUAUAUUGACACCCUCACACAUCAUUCACAUGAAAGUGUGAUGUCAAGAAAAGAAAUCUUGAUAUAACCCUUGGAUGGACCAUAUCAUGAGUUUGUAAGUAGAGAUCUCUGCUGUUGUCUCAGAAACAACCCUGCAGCCUCCCCCAAAACACCUGGUGGUGUGACCCAUUCUGUUUCCUUUGCAAGGCUUGGUUUCCCAGACUUUCUUUUACAUGAGAUUUGCUGUUUGCACUCUUUUCUACAUAAAAGUAAACCAGAAAGCUUUUUAAAAAAUGUGUUCUCUGUCUCGGCUCAGCAGCUGAACAUAUGCUUUGCCUUCAAGUUAUCAACAUUCCCUCAGACAUUUCUCUUUACUGAAAACCGGCAGUUGAAUUAAGGGGUUUCUGCUAUGAUAGUGUUCAUGGUUUUUUUCCAAAAGCUUUAGGUCUUCGCUGCUGGGAAGAAUUAAUCUCUUCCUGCCCCACUGAAUAUGUGGAGCAAGGGGGAGUGAUGUGGUGCAGGUGCAUCAGUGGGCUGAUCCUGGUUUGUCGCUGAAUUAAAGCCUGACUCUAUAUGCAG